AUGUGUCAUCAGCAGUUGGUCACCUCCUGGUUUGUGCUGAUCCUCCUGGCAUCUCCACUCAUGGCAAUAUGGGAACUGGAGAAAGAUGUUUACGUUGUAGAGUUGGACUGGCACCCUGAUGCCCCGGGAGAAACGGUGGUCCUCACGUGUGACACCUCUGAAGAAGACGGCAUCACCUGGACUUCAGAACACAGUAGUGAGGUCUUAGGCUCUGGCAAAACCCUGACCAUCCAAGUCAAAGAGUUUGGAGAUGCUGGCAAUUAUACCUGCCACAAAGGAGGAGAGGUUCUGGGCCAUUCACACUUGUUGCUUCACAAAAAGGAAGACGGAAUUUGGUCCACUGAAAUCUUAAAGGACCAGAAAGAACCUAAACAAAGGACCUUUCUAAAAUGUGAGGCAAAGAAUUAUUCCGGACGUUUCACCUGUUGGUGGCUGACAGCAAACACUACUGAUAUGAGGUUCAGUGUCAAAAGCAACAGAGGCUCUUCGGACCCACAAGCAGUCACGUGUGGAGCACCAACACUGUCUGCGGAGAUGUCCAAGGAGUACCUGAAGUACUCAGUGGAGUGUCAGGAGGACAGUGCCUGCCCCACGGCUGAGGAGAGCCUGCACAUUGAGGUGGUGCUGGACGCUCGUCAAAAGGACAAAUAUGAAAACUACACCAGCAGCUUCUUCAUUAGGGACAUCAUCAAACCCGACCCACCCAAGAACCUGCAGCUUGAGCUGUUGAAGAAUUCUCGGCAUGCUGAGGUCACCUGGGAAUACCCUGACACCUGGAGUACCCCACAUUCGUACUUUUCCCUUACAUUCUGUGUUCAGGUGCAGAGCAAGAACAAGAAAGAAAAGAAAGACAGACUGUGUGUGGACAAGACCUCAGCCACAGUCACGUGCCACAAGGAUGCCAAGAUCCGCGUGCAGUCCCGGGACCGCUACUAUAGCUCAUCUUGGAGUGAAUGGGCAUCUGUGUCCUGCAGUUAG